AUGCUUCAAGUGUUCGAGAGCGAAGCGUGUCGUGUCUGGACUGGGUCCGUAGGCACGCCCUUGCACGCUCUUGGGACCGUGCCUGAGCAUGAGAUGGAAGUCAUUCCUUUCAGUGUUCAGAUCUGGCUGAAAAAAGAGCCAAAAGUCGCGUCUGUAGCUGACAAGAGCCCCGUACCAGAAGGUCUCUAUCUAGUUCAAACUCGGGCGGUUUGUACCCAUUUGCAACCAAUGUACACCAUACUGCUACCGUCCGACACGUUUUCGCUCUUCUCCAUUCAUAGUCCAUCUCCGUUUACGUCAACUGUUCUCGUGGUUCUGGACGUGUGUGUUAAGGAGCAGCAGGAGCAAAAACAGAAGCAGCAGAUAUACUUUGUUGGAAAAGUUCGCCAAGUUGGUUGGCUGACAUCAACGUCUGCUGGGGAAACGCAGUUUAAGAGUUCUCAAGACUUUGGGCCGUGCUACGACCCCGAGGUGGCAGAGGAGCUCUUGGCUGCUUUGCAUUCAGCUUUCCCUAGAGUGAAGCUGUCAACUUUGGCACUUGAAUGCUUGGAGAAACGAAAAAGGGUCUGUCGUCGGGCGGCUGGACCGAACUCGAAUGGGAUGGUGAAGCAAAGGAAAACGCUGUCCGCUGAAGGAUUUUACGGGUCAACUGUUGCAAAGCCGACAACUGCAGACGUUUCAGAUACUGUUGUAUCGAAUAGCAGUUGGCGAUCAUUCUACCAAAAGCUGCAAUUCAGGGUCUCGCAUUCAAUGAUGUGCCAGCUUGAAGGCACUGCGCCAAUUUUAUCGUCGUUCCCUCGCCAGCAGGAAGCAUUCGAUCUUGCAGAUCAAGUCGUGGCUCUACGACGUCGCAUUCAAAGUGCUUCUGGUGCGUUGCGGAAUACUGAUAACGAUCUUUGUAACCAUUCGCCCCGCGUAUUCUCGUUUGAGAGUGCGAAAGAUGGCAAGCGACGUUUUCUCGUUGCCAGUUUUGCUGAGUUCUGGAAAAACUACAAGGAAACCCGUGCAAACCAACGCCACGUUUACGAGGUCAUCCGUGAGGGUGUACCUUGCCGUCUUUACUUCGAUUUAGAGUUUAAGUGUGCGAUCAAUCCUCGAGCAGAUGGCGACGCGCUUGUGACUAGGCUGUUAUCGUUGCUUCAACUUCAAUUUUAUCGCAGGUAUGGCAUCCAUGUUCGUCAACGAAAUAUAUGUCAACUCGACUCGUCAACACCUGCCAAAUUUAGUCGUCACAUCAUCCUUCACCUCCCGAAUGACGACCUCUUCGUGGACAAUCAUCACGCUGGAGUCUUUGUGCGUGAGUUGAUCGAUGAUCUCGUGGUCGUUAGUACCUGCUGCUCCGAAGAGGCGCUUUGCGCGCAGCUGUUGACCCCAUUUCUCGUUAACACCGUGUCUGAGGACGACGCUGUUGACAAAAAACAGCUUUUCAUCGACACCGGUGUGUACACUCGGAACCGCAUGUUUCGCGUGCUGGGCUCGUCGAAGUAUAAGAAGCGGGCGAUUUUGUGCCCGCUUGAUGCAUCCCUCUCAUCCACCGAGCUUGACCAAGGGUUAUUUCUCAGUACUUUGGUGUGUCCAUAUCCAAGUCUUGCAGCAGUGGAACUCAAACGACAGACGAAGCCUUUCCGUCUUCUCCGCUGUAAGUCCUCUCAUGCAGUUUCCACUUCCAGGCGAUUUCUUGCUGCCUCGGGAGCAAGAAGUAUCGCCACAUCAUCAGUUGAACGCCAAAGUUCUACCUACCCUGCGCUAGAUGCCUUCAUUCGCUCUCGCGCGACCACGAGCGGGAUUCAGGGUGAGAUUCGUGCAGUUCAAAUGCUGUAUCCCAGUAGCUCGAAUUUACCGACUACUCUGCUUCGGGACAAGUCCGAGCAAGAGCGACCCGCAUCGAGUUGGCCGAACGUGCAGAUGGUCAUUUAUCACAUGACACGGAAUCGUUGGUGUGCGAAUAUUGGACGACCACACAGAAGCAACAACGUUAUGUACAUCGUGGACAUCAAUCGGCGUGUGUUUUAUCAAAAAUGUCACGACCCAGUGUGCCAUGCGAUGGACUUCAGGUCACCACCACAAGCACUCCCCUCAAACUUAAAUCUUCAGCUUGCAGGCAGCGCGAAGUCCGGAUUGGCGACGUAG